GUGAGAGAGGGACAGUAGGUGAAGAAGGAAGGAAGGAAGCCAUAAACCCAGUCCCAGAUUUGCACUUGUCUACUAUUUCUCCUCCCAACUCCCACUUCCACCCCAACCCCAACCCCAAAUCCUCCUCUCUCCAUCUCUACUCACUCCAAAUCCAACCCCUUUCCAAUUCCUUCCUGAGAUCUGAAUAAACUCCCCUUCAAACCAUCAUUAUUCAAACACAAAAGUGGGACUUAUAUAUUUCCCAUUCUCUUAAAUUUUCAAUCUUCUGAAUUUUUCUUGUUUCAGAUCUGACUGGCCUUCUCCACAACGAAGCGAUGCGCUCCGCCCUUCCAUUUCUCUGCGUCUUCAUCUUCUUCUUCGCCUUCCUCUUUUCUUCCACUCUCGCCAAGUAUCAAGCUGAUGAGACUGUCACUCUUUGGGUAAACAAGGUUGGCCCAUAUAACAAUCCCCAAGAAACCUACAACUACUACAGCCUCCCGUUUUGCCACCCACCUGGUAAUGCUGCUCACAAGUGGGGCGGGCUUGGUGAGGUUCUUGGAGGCAAUGAACUUAUUGAUAGCCAAAUUGAGAUAAAAUUUAAGCGAGAUGUGGAGAAGACUAAAAUUUGUGAAAUUGAACUGGAUGCUGCCAAGGCUAAACAGUUUAAUGAUGCAAUUGACAAUUCAUACUGGUUUGAAUUUUUUAUGGAUGAUCUGCCAUUGUGGGGUUUUGUUGGUGAGGUUCUUCCCGAUAGAAACCGUGAUAAUAAGCAUGUGCUUUGGACACACAAGAAUCUUGUUAUUAACUACAAUGGAAACCAGAUUAUUCAUGUCAAUCUCACUCAAGAAAACCCUAAGCCACUUGAGGAGGGGCGAGUAUUGGACAUGACUUACUCUGUGAAAUGGGUCCCGACUAACAUUACGUUUGCUCGCCGUUUUGAUGUUUAUCUGGAUUAUCCUUUUUUUGAGCACCAGAUCCACUGGUUUUCUGUCUUUAAUUCUUUCAUGAUGGUAAUUUUCCUUACUGGCUUGGUAUCCAUGAUAUUAAUGCGCACCCUCCGCAAUGAUUAUGCAAAAUAUGCUCGGGAAGAUGACGAUCUUGAGACUCUGGAACGGGAUGUAAGUGAAGAAUCUGGUUGGAAACUUGUCCAUGGUGAUGUGUUUCGGCCUCCCCAAAAUUUGGCUCUACUAUCAGCUGUCGUCGGCACUGGUGCUCAACUAGCAACACUUGUUCUGCUUGUCAUCAUUUUAGCAAUUGUUGGAAUGCUAUACAUAGGGAGAGGAGCAAUUGUCACGACCUUUAUUGUAUGCUAUGCUUUUACCUCAUUUAUUGCUGGUUAUGUCAGCGGUGGCAUGUACUCUCGUAAUGGAGGCAAAAAAUGGAUAAAGUCAAUGAUCCUCACGGCAUCACUUUUCCCAUUCUUGUGCUUUGGUAUUGGCUUCAUCCUGAACACAGUUGCCAUAUUUUAUGGUUCUCUAGCUGCGAUCCCCUUUGGUACCAUGGUGGUUGUUUUUGUCAUAUGGGCCUUUAUCUCCUUCCCCUUGGCUCUCCUUGGCACCGUUAUCGGGAGAAACUGGAGUGGUGCACCAAACAAUCCUUGCCGGGUGAAGACCAUCCCUCGUCCAAUUCCCGAGAAGAAAUGGUAUCUGACGCCAUCUGUUAUCUCUCUCAUGGGAGGACUGCUUCCAUUUGGGAGUAUCUUUAUUGAAAUGUAUUUUGUCUUCACUUCGUUCUGGAAUUACAAGGUUUACUACGUGUAUGGCUUCAUGCUGCUUGUUUUUGUAAUUCUGAUCAUUGUCACAAUUUGCGUGACAAUUGUGGGCACUGCUGAGAACUAUCACUGGCAAUGGACUUCAUUCUUCUCUGCCGCCUCAACUGCUCUUUAUGUGUACUUCUAUUCAAUAUAUUACUAUCAUGUCAAGACAAAGAUGUCAGGCUUCUUCCAGACCAGCUUUUAUUUUGGAUACACUUUGAUGUUCUGCCUUGGUUUGGGGAUACUAUGUGGUGCUGUUGGAUACCUUGGCUCCAACUUGUUCGUGAGGAGAAUUUACAGAAACAUCAAAUGUGACUAGUUGUAGAAUAUACAGGGUACUUUUGGUUUGAUUGUUGGAUGAUAAGUUAAUGCUGCGGAUGAGGGAGAUAAGGAAAGCAGAGGUUGUGCGGACUCUGAGAAAAGUUGAUGAUUUUGUAGCGGUGAAGUGAAUUAAUGGCACUGUUAAUCAGAAAACUCUAUUUUGCUUGCUCCCAAUUUACAUGGAAAAUGAUUGUAGUUGUAAAUGUUUGCCUGGGUAGGCAUUUCUUACCUGACUCUGUUUUCAUUUAUGUAGACACUUGGGAUUUUUCUUCCAAUAUAGUUAACUAGUGUUUAAAUUUGAAGAAUCA